AAAUUAGUUUCAAAUCGAUUAAUUUAUCUACAAUUUAGCUAAUUGCAGUUAUAUUUAACCAGAGAAAUGAAAUUGGCUGGGAAAAUAAAGGAACCUGACCCCCUGAACCCCAAAGUCUUGCUAUGGGCAGACGUAAGCUACAGUGACAUGGAGGAAAUUGAAAACACCAAGGCCAUACCAGAGCUAAAGAGAACUCUAUGCUGUGUGCUGGGAGUAAACAUUCCUGAGCCGAGGAGGGGAGUCCUGCUGGAGCUCUAUGUCCACACAGUGCUGUUCUGUAGAGAGAGCAACUUCAACAGAGAGCAGACAUCUGUCCUCCUCUCCAUUGUCAAGAGCAUGCAUCAGGCUAACACGGAAACUCCACUCAACAAUAUGGGCCAUUGCUAUGCAUACUGCAGUGAACUUCUGCUCUGUCACUCUGUCAGGAGACCUCCCUUCAGUAUCAGCCUGUUCAGCUCUGAGGAAGUGACCCAGAUCUUGAAGUAUCUCCUUAACACCUAUUUUAGACAUUACAAUCUGUACAAGUACAUAUUCACCCCGCAGGUUAGAUUGGAUCUGUCUUUUUCCUACUCUGGCAUGCCAGACGAAGACCCUGUCACUGAGACUGACGCAGUAUCAUCAGAUGGGUACUGCAAGAAGGAAAACGAGCCAGAGACUGCAGAAAGGGAGCAGCCCAUUGAAGCAAUGAACACAGGGCCAGAGGUGGCUAAUAAAGAUCCAUCGCCCAAGUCAGAGUUGCGGACGAUAAUACAACAGGAAAUGAGAGAGGAGAUGAUACAUAUGUCAAGGCAACUAGAGCAACGAUUGAAGGAAAGUGCAGAUCGGCUAAAUAGCGCUCUGACUUCACUGGAGACCAAUCUCCAAGGCAAAAAGUAAACAUCAAAGCCUGAUUUUUAUCUAUGCAUUUCAUUCUGUUCUUUGCACGAAAACACAUUAGCCAAAUUUGAGAUAUAAGUUAUUUGUGGGUGUCUGUCAGUAAAGAGGUUGAUUGCGUAACCAUGCUUUUGUUAACUCCUUUAACACAAAAUCAACACACAAAUAUGACAAAGUAAAUAGGUUACUUUCAUUAUCAAUAAAAUAUUGGUCUUUCA